GCAAUAAGGAUGCUAGCAUGCUGUAAAUUUGUUUAUCCAGUGUAACGACAUAGUGAGUGCGCUGUGCAGGAUCGAAAGCUGUACGUUUUCCCAACAUUUGUCACCGUAAUUAAUGUGCGCUUCCUGUCGCAGUAGAACCGUUCGCUUGCAAGCUGCAUUGUUUUUACAAUCGUGCAGGAAAGUUGUAUGAAAAUGAAAAGACAAGCGGAGCGUGACUCGAGUCCUUCAAGAGGAAUUCCAAAAAGAAUCAGGGAGAGGGAACGGGAUGAGAAACGCGGCGAGGGACACAUUCCUCUUUCUGUGUCGCUUGUGGAUACAAGAUGUUAUCAGAAGCAUCAGGCGCGGAGCCGGAGCAGGGAGCGAGAGAAGCCGAGGCUGCGAGAGGAAAGGGGCAUCAUCGGGGAUUCGCUCCAUCGUACCCAUCAUGAAAUUGGAUUGCUCGGUCGACCACCUUUGCGAGCCUCAUCAGUGGUGGGUAAAUCAGCCGAUUUGUUGAGUGGUCGGACAGCCGCCGGCCUGGAAUACAAAACGUUAUUGAUAAGCAACCUUGGCUCACAACUGUCUGAUGAACAAGUGGAAGACGGUUUAUUUCACGAGUUUAAAAAGUUUGGGGAUGUAAGUGUGAAGUUGUCACAUACCCCGGAGCUCGGCCGGGUCGCCUAUGUAAAUUUCAGACACACAGAGAACGCCCGCGAAGCCAGGCACAUGAAAGCUAGGUUAGUGAUGUAUGACCGCCCGCUGAAAGUGGAGCCCAUGUAUCUAAGGAGACGCAGCUGCACGCCUCCAGAUGUUGGAUAUGUGCCCCUACAUAAUGUAUACCCAUACAGACAAAGGUCCCUUUCCCCUGGGGCAGGUGUCAGUAGCAUUAGAGAAGUAAGAUCUCGACACUACCCAAUUGAGGGGUCAAGCUUACACAGGGAGCGUGAUAGGGUCUUGGACUACUACAGUGUGUUGGAUGAAAGGGGCCGUCCCUACGCUUACCAAGUUCCUCCAGAGGACGAUUUGAAACCAGAGGAUGACCACCGGGCCACCAGAAACCUGUUCAUCGGCAACUUGGAGCACAGUGUGUCAGAGCCCGAGUUGAGGCAAGGCUUUGAGAAGUAUGGCAUCAUUGAAGAAGUGGUGAUAAAACGGCCAGCACGUGGCCAAGGAGGAGCCUACGCCUUUCUCAAGUUCCAGAACCUGGACAUGGCACACCGGGCAAAGGUGGCAAUGCAGGGACGCAUCAUUGGUGGCAAUGCAGUGAAGAUAGGCUACGGUAAGGCCAACCCCACGACACGGUUGUGGGUCGGAGGACUCGGACCCAAUAUCUCUCUCGCCGCACUGGCGCGGGAGUUUGACCGCUUUGGCAGUAUUCGCACCAUUGACUAUGUUAAAGGUGACAACUUUGCUUACAUACAGUAUGAGAGUCUAGAUGCAGCACAGGCUGCCUGCACACAGAUGCGUGGCUUCCCUCUCGGCGGGCCUAGCAGGCGUCUCCGGGUGGACUUUGCCAAAGCUGAGGAUUCGCCCCGUGGCUACCCUCAGCAGUACCAGCCACCUCUGACCUCUCUCCCAGCCCACUAUGACCUGCUGGCAGACGGCUAUGGCCACCGUCGCAGCCUAGAGCGUGAGCUGAGGGACAGAGUGCGUGGUGGACACUCCCCCACCCAUCCACUGUUUACAGAACGUGAACGCGAACGUGAGCGUGAACGCGGCCAGGCGUCCGAGCCAGACUGGAGUCCACCCAAAAGCUUGGAGCGGCGCACGUCGUCGUCGCUGGAGGCUUUCGGACGAACCCGCACGCGCAGCCGAAGCAGGGAGCGGUGGGCGAAGGAGCGAAAUGCGGAACGAGCAGGAGGGAAAAACAGAGAGGAGAGACGCAAGCCACGGCGCAGUCCAUCCAGUGAGAGGCCCGGCGGCGUAGACGAUUGGGGGCGCUCGAAAAGCCGGCCUGGUGGCAGCGUCGGCCCGGUGUCGCCAGAGGAUAGCCCGGAGCGAACACGCACACGCCUUCCAGACUCCACAUCUGAGCCUCUCUCAGAGUCGCCGGAAAGGCCCGUGCGCAGUGCCAGGAAACACACCAGCCAGGACAGCCACAGCCACGAACCCUCCACCACUCACUCAAAACAACCCAACACACUACACGAGCGAAACUCCUGCGCCGGAGAGGGCGACGCUGCUGACUCCCAGGUAGAAAAGGGCCAGAAGCCUCCUGGAACCCUCUUCGAGAUCGCCCAGUCCAUGAGCCGGGUGUGGCACGGUGCGCUGGUGCUGAAGAACAGCUGCUUUCCCACCUACAUGCACCUGCUGGAGGGCAGCUCUGCGUUUGCCCUCGCGCUGCUGCAGGACCCCGCCGUCAGCAAACCUACCAGCACGGGGCAGCUGAAGAUCGCCCAGCGCCUCAGGCUGGACCAGCCCAAGCUGGACGAGGUGAUGCGGCGCAUUCACGUGGGCGGUCCGGAGGGCUACACUGUGAUGCUGGCUCUCCAAGCCCCCAUGGAGCGGGAGCUGCCCUUCGCUGAGCCUGGCCUGCAGAAACGUCUCCUGAGAAACCUGGUGACAUACCUCAGAAACAAGCAGGCUGCAGGUGUCAUCGGCCUGCCACUGGGCGGGGUGAAGGAGGGAGAGGGAGGGGGCAUGUUGUAUGCGUUCCCACCAUGUGACUUUUCCCAACAGUACCUGAAAACUGCUAUUAAGGCUUUAGGGAAGAUAGAGGAGGAACAUUUGGUCAUUGUGAUCGUGAAAGACACUAUUUGAUAACUUUUUCAUUUUUGCCCCCCAAGAACCAGGAAAAAACAUUUUUUUAUUCACGAAAAAAACCCAACAGGCGAUAGCUUUGUCCAUCUGAAACCAUCAAUUAUAUAUUGAAAAAAAAACAGCUUGAUAACUGUUGGUCAUCUGUAGUGAGGAUGGUCGAUUUAAUUGGUUUAAUUCUCAUGUGUUAAAAAAAAGUUCAAAUCAAAACAUGUAUCUUAUCAUUUUUUCCUUUUGAAAUGCUGGUGCAGUACUUGGGCAUACCACAGGCAAAACCUGUAUUAUUUUAGUAUGCAUGCAAGAAAGCAGAUUUAUAGUGGAUACUUUGAAAAGGUCCCGUUUUGGUGGAUGUCUGUCAGAAAGUGACCAAUAUUUUUUUCCCUGGCUCUGAACAAUGUACUUGUUACAGUAAUCACAUACUUUGAGUCCUAUUUGACUGCCCUGACAUUUAAUUGUAUGUGUGUAUUGUAUGUACUGACAGUCACAUUAAGUCUUACUGAACAUUGUUUUUGGACCUCAUGAAGCCGAUAAAAAUAUUUUGUUAGGCAAAGGAUUUUAUCUCAAAACGACCCUCAUCUACCUCUGCAAUGUUGCAUCUUGCAGUUGUUUAAUGGGUGUAAUCAAUUCUAAAGCAUUGGCAUGGAUUACCUGACUUUGUGCCGGCCUUUGGACCUUUUAGUGUUGUACAGUCAAACUAAGGAAUAGACUACACUUCUUAUUUUAUGUUCGAGGUCACCUAAAUGGAAUUGUAUUCUUUGGGUAACAUUUUAUACAGCUGUCAUUAAGAAGAGCAAUAGUGUGACCGUAGUGACUGCCAUUUCGCCAUACCCGUUUUUCCUCUGGACCAAAAUGCUGAGGUAAAAUAACAUUGGAAAAAUACACUACAGUUCCACACAAGUUGUUGCAUUAGAGAACACAAUUCACAAGAAAUCACGACGUACACAUUACAUGUACGACGUGAAAGGCGUUUCAAAGUGAACACUAAACAAAUUCAUAUGCCCUUUUGCACAAAAUGCUUUUAAAAUUUCUGUUGUCAUGCAACUGUUGUUAUUCUUUAAAGGAAAUUGUCACACUCCAUAUUUGUAUAAACCAGGUAAUCUGCAUUUUAAGUGAUACUGAACUGUAUACUGUAUGCAAAGUGUUGAGUAAACACAUUAUGACAUUCA